AUGGAUAAGAAAGCAAACAUCAGGAACAUGUCAGUUAUUGCCCAUGUUGAUCAUGGCAAAUCAACCCUGACUGAUUCCCUUGUCAGUAAAGCUGGCAUCAUUGCUUUGCAAAACGCUGGCGAGGAUCGUUUUACCGAUACACGAAAAGGCGAACAAGAACGGUGUAUCACGAUUAAGUCCACGUAAGUAUGUCGGUUUAUUCUGAAAUUAUGCCCCUAAAAUGAAUUUAUAACUGAAAAUAUUAAACUUGUUGCGUCCGUUGACCAGUUCGUAGUCACUAGAGGAAGCCACGGCAGCAAUGCACUGGUCUGUCGUCUUGCUUGACAAUUUCAUAGCGCUUAGGGGAUGAGCCAAUAAUCAGAAAUUAAUUGAUACAAGGAUAUAAUCGGCAACUUUCAGGCAGAUCGGUUAUCAGCCGAUCACAUUGACUUAUAUGUCGGCGAAGGUAAUUUAUCAAUCAAUUUUUCCAUUUUCUCUCAGAUUUUAAAAUAUUUUUCUUAUAAAGGCACAUUGUUUGAUGUUGUGUUUGUUUUAUAUCCAGGGCUAUUUCUUUGUACUAUGAACUGAGUGAGAAAGGCAUGGAUUACAUUGAACAGGAAAAAGACGGUAAUGGUUUCUUUAUCAACUUGAUUGACUCACCAGGUCACGUUGAUUUCUCGUCAGAGGAUACUGUUGCUUUUCGUGUCACUGAUGGUGCUUUAGUUGUUGUCGAUUGUGUUAGUG